AUGCUGCAGCAGGUGGCCAUAAAGCAAUUGAAAUUCCUAACCACGCCAGUAAAACGUUUACUAAGAGAAAUCCUGAUCCCGAAGGAGAAUAAGCAUCCCAACAUUGUGAACUAUUUAGACAGCUACAGAGUCAAUUCUCACCUCUGGGUGGUGAUGGAAUACAUGUCUGGAGGCUCUCUGGCUGGCCUCGUUCGCAAUAUGCGUAUGCAUGAAAGACAGAUAGCAGCUGUCUGCAGGGAGUGCCUGCAAGGCCUGGCUUUCCUUCACUCAAACCAAGUGAUCCACAGAGACAUCAAAAGUGACAAUAUCCUCCUUGGAAUGGAUGGAUCUGUCAAGCUGGCUGAUUUUGGCUUGUCUACUCACACCACCCCUAAAGAGAGUAGGAGGAGAUCAAUGGUCGGGACUCCUCACUGGAUAGCACCGAAGUGGCAAGAGAAGAAACCAUACGGCCCUAAAGUGGACAUCUGGUCACUUGGCAUCACGGCAAUAGAAAUGGUGGAAGGAGAACCUCCUUACUUUGACCAACGUCCUUACGAGGACAGAGGCCAGGCCGAGGACCAGAUUCCGGGACAUGGACCAGUACCUGACCAGCACCUGGGGGAGGAAGGACCAUCUACACAGGAGAUGGAGGCACAUCACACCGAUGUGGCCAGUGGAUGA